UGCACUCUCUUCAAACUGCAACAACCAUUGCUCUUCAGCUGAUCAGUGAUCAGUUUUGUGCUGGACGCUACCGCUCACUACGGCAUUCAUUGGUUGAAUUAUUCAACAAUCUCAGCCAUGGCUCUAGCAGUUUCAUCUGCUCCUGUCGUUGCAGGCCUCAGCCUCUCGCUGAAGCCCUGUGCUGCAGUGAGGGCCGCUGCUCCGUCGCUGUUCCUCGGCAAUCGUCUUGCUGCCUCUUACAGGAGCGAGGCCUCCAAGGCCCGGAGUUUCGUUGUCAGGGCAACCUCUGAGGAGGUUGAGGAGUCGGAGUUCGUGAAGAAGUCGAAGGAGGUUCUUCUGGACGCCAAGGACAAGUGGGACGCCGUUGAGGACAAGUCGACCGUUGUUAUAUACGGCGGUGGUGCUCUCGUUGCUCUCUGGCUCUCAUCCACGAUCGUCUCCGCCGUCAACUCCAUCCCCCUGCUUCCGAAAUUCCUCGAGCUCGUGGGAACUGUCUACUCGGGUUGGUUUAUCUACCGUUAUCUCCUCUUCAAGUCAAGCAGGAAGGAGCUAUCACUUCUGAUUGAUGAUCUCAAGGCCAAGAUCACAGAUAAGGCGAACUGAAAUGUUCGGCGUACUGGGAGUACUCGCUGUGUAGACAAAUUGAGUUUUUUUUAUUUUUUUUUCCCCUUUCCGGUCACUGUAUUGAAGGAAUGUUAUUAACCAAACUUUUCAGCACAGUCCCAGCAUGAAACUAUGCUCCAACGCACCACCCAUCUCCCUGUGCGUGUGUGUUUUCUCUCUCGUGUUCGACAUGUUCUUUUUAGUUCCUACCCUCUAAAUUUUAC